GAACCUUGGCAGUGUCCGAAAUGGCCCCCUAUACCCUAAUAUAAUGCACGGUUUGAGGGGACAUCCAUUUUUUUAGUGGUGUCCGAAUUCAUAGUGGACAUUGAGUGCACUCAAUCCCAUGAUGCAUCAUAAUAACGAGUGUACAACCGAUGUUAACUCGCGGUUAGCUGCUAGCCAUCGUGAUGCUCGACGCCCGCAGCGUUUCCAGUGCACAGUGUCUGAAUUUACUCGCUCGUUUUCACCCGCUCCUUAAAGUGCCAGUGGACUUUAUUAGUGAACUAAUGUUGGGAAUAGUGAAUGAGGGUAUAGUGGGCGAUUUCGGACACAGCCCAUGAGAGUAGAGCACAACUUUAUCCCCUGAACAGUUUUCUUGCGGAAGUCGAGCCCGAGGCUCUGUGGUAUUUUUAUAAAUAUGUCUUAACCCAACAAAAACUGUUCUUGUCAGCAGUCCGUAUGUGACGGGAUAAGCACAUAUAAAGGGCACAUAGGUUUAAGACUCCAGUACUGCCAGGGCCUUCAAAAUGGCCGGUAACCAGCAGUCCGCUGUUGUCUACCUCAGAAAGACCUGGGGGAACCUGGUGACCAAGAUGCAAAACUUUCCAGUCAUUGUUGAGAAUCUUCAUCAGCGGAGGGUUUUUAAUGACUAUGAUGUGGGUGCUGUCAAAGCGAUGAGCACAGAGCCUGAUAAAGCCAGAUAUAUAUUGAAAAGGGUCACAAACCAGGGGGAAUGCGCCAGUUAUGAGUUACUCAAGAUUUUGGAUUUCACUUGGAAGAGGACAUUACAUCCAAGUUUACACAAAUGGAUCAAACGUUACUCCUUCAGGGAAGACUCGGAGGCCAACUCUUCAUUUGGUGAAGCUUCAGUCACACCAAAGUUUGGAGCUGAACAGACGAAAGGCACAGCGCCCUGUCAACAUUACCUGACACAGCUUAAGAUGAAAGCAAAAAGUAUCCUGGAGAACCAGAGGGAACAUAGGAGUAAAUAUUUGCUUCACAAACAGCAAGAAAAUUUCCAUUUCAUACCGCUUGCUUCAAAAAAGGAAACUGUGAAAAGGGAGCAAUCUUAUUCUUCUCAGGAGGAAUAUGUGGAAAUGGGGGAUGGCACAUAUUCUUCAGAUGCGGAAGUAGAAUGUCUCUAUAUCGAGCCUUUUUCUUUAAAAAGUGAUUCCGUGAUAAAAAAAACAAAAUUUGAAGCAAAAAACAAAAAACGACGAAAGAAAAAGCUGGGAGCUCACUUUCCUAACAAGGAAGAAACGGUUUCACCUGAAGAUUUACUAACAAUGCAGAACAAGAACAUCCUGCUGUUCGGCAAACCUGGAAUUGGAAAAACCACAAUCGCCCAGCAAAUGUUGCAUCUAUGGACGGAGAAAACCAUCAGAGUACCAGACUACAUGUUUUAUUUUGAUGAAACUAUUGUCUCCCACAGUUCCAACCUGAUGAAUCUUGAUUCUCUUUUGUUUGAUGUGUAUGUAAAAGCAAAAGAAGAAGACCAACAAGAGGUGCUUCAAGAUAUGAAAGACAAUGUUGAGAAUGUUGUUUUCAUAUUUGAUGGUGUCACUCGUCUGCAAGAAGACUCUGUCUUGAAGAAGAUCAUGAACCAUGAUGUGCUACGUAAGGCGAAAGUCAUAAUAACAUGCAGAACAGAGAUGGAAAAAGAUUCUCUUUUCUCAGAUUGGCCAACACAGAAAGUGUAUGUUCAAGGAUUCAGUGAAGAGUCUAUCAGAAUUUACUAUCAGAUGAUGUUGGGUCACAAUCCUGAUCUUCUGAAUGUGGUGUUGAACAAUCAAGAGCUGUUCAGUCUUAGUUAUGUGCCUAUGUAUGCGUUCAUGAUUGCAAAUAUGAUUCUUCUCAAAGACGACACGGUGCUCAACAAUCCACACACAGUCACAAACAUGAACAUCCACAUUUUCUUUAAUGCUUUGAUGAAAUAUGGGGAUAAAAACCUUUUGGAAAUUGAUGAGUAUUUGAAAGAGAUCAAAGAUCAGCUUGAUCUCUUAAUGAAAAAUGCAUUCAGUGCAACUGAGCAGAAAAGCCUGAACCUUCCAGAGAUCAGCGGUGAUGAAACUGACAUUUGUCAUGCUUUUCUGAAAAUGAUCACAAUAAGAGACAGUCUGACGUCUGAAACAAAAUACUGUGCGUUUCUCCACAACACAAUGCAGGAAUUCUUCUCAGCUUUGUGGCUUGUUGAGAAUCCAGAUGAAAUUGAGAAAGUCCUGAAACUGUGUCAGACUGAAGAGAGUCAACACAUGAGACAUGUUCUGCCUUUCCUGUGUGGACUUCUGGGAGAACAUAACAACAAACUCCUCAAGUGUCUCUUCUCAGAGGAUCAGAUGAAGAAAACAUCCGAACGGUUCAUUGAGAAACUUUCGGACACUUUCCUCAAACCUCAGAGUGAUGGUGAAGACGUUGAUCUUCUCUAUGUGUGUCAGUGCUUGUAUGAGCUUCAGUCAUCUAACGCUUGCUUGAUGUUUCUGGAGAAGAUGAAGCAUCAGCUGGACAUUGAUGUGAAUCUGGACCCUCAUCAGAGUUGUGCUUUUUCUUACGUGAUCAGUCAAUCCAGAGAUAAAGAAGUUCAUCUGAAUUUGCAGGACUUCACUGUAUCUGACUCAGGAAUGAUCAUGAUUCUCUUUUGCACGCCAAAGAUCAGAUUGAAACCUUGCAAUGCUGCUUUCAAUCAAAUCAAAGUCUUACUACAAUUCAUUCAUAAAGUUUCUGUUAAUAAAACAACUCUGGAGGGUGAGAAGAGGAAGAGAUCGCACUGCUGCUGCAACUCUUUUCACAAUAACACCCCAGAACUGGGUGAUGCCCUGCUGGAUCUUUACUCACAUGUGAAGGACUAUGAGACUCAAACAGGCAGGAGUUUUCUUCCAGCGUUACAGCCGGUUUUCCAGUCAUCACCUGAUGUCUGGUUCAUAGAUCUUUCAGAGAGAAAGUCCUCCAUCCUCCUGGAAGUGUUGAAGCUCCAGACAGAGAAGAAACCAGUAGAGCUGAGAGGAUGGACAGAUGAAGAGAGUGAAGUGAUGAGUUUCAUUCAGUGUCUGCCCCACAUCUCACAACUGGGGCUCAGAUGUUCAGAUGAAAACACUGAAACAUCUGCUGUGCAGUUCCUGCUGAGUCUCAUUGUGGCAGCAGAAAGCGAGAUGACUACGAUCAUUUCAUCUUUGUGCAGUUAUAAAACAUUCCCUUUCCAAUCCUCAGGAAAUGUAGUGACGGAGAUUCAGUGCGAUUUUCUGCUGGAUCUUUACUCACAUGUGAAGGACUAUGAGACUCAAACAGGCAGGAGUUUACUUCCAGCAUUACAGAGAGUUUAUAUACAGUCAACACCUGAUGUUUGGAUCAUAGAUCUCUCAAAGAGAAAGGCCUCCAUCCUCCUGGAAGUGUUGAAGCUCCAAACAGAGAAGAAACCAGUAGUGCUGAUAGGAUGGACAGAUGAAGAGAGCGAAGUAAUGAGUUUCCUUCACUGUCUGCCCUACAUCUCACAACUGAGCUUUAUUAAUAGGAAUAUCAGUGAACGAACCAAAUUUUUGUUGAAAGUCUUCAUUAAAGCAGCAGAAACUGAGAGACUAACUGGAGAUCAGAUGCUGGAACUGUUGACAUCAGUCUGGAGCUACAGCUUCUCGUUUUCUAAAAACAAUGACAACGUCGAAUUGUGUGAUUUCCUGUUUGAUCUUUACUUGUAUGCAAAGGACUAUGAGACUCAAACAAGUAAGAGUGUCCUUCCAGCAUUACAGCAACUUUACCGUUUAGUUCCUACAGUCUGGUCCAUAGAUCUCUCAGAGAGAAAGACCUCCAUCCUCCUGGAAGUGUUGAAGCUCCAAACAGAGAAGAAACCAGUAGUGCUGAGAGGAUGGACAGAUGAAGAGAGUGAAGUGAUGAGUUUCCUUCACUGUCUGCCCUACAUCUCACAACUGAGAUGUAAUUAUUCCUUUAACUGUGAUGCCACAAGUUUUCUGUUGAAACUCUUCAUUAAAGCAGCAGAGGCCGAGACACAAACAGGAGAUCAGAUGCUGAAACAGUUGACAUCAGUCUGCAAAUACACAUCUUUCCCUUAUGAAAAUUGUGACAACGUUAAACAGAGUGAUUUUCUGCUGGAUCUUUACUCACAUGUGAAGGACUAUGAGACUCAAACAGGCAGGAGUUUUCUUCCAGCAAUACAGUCAGUUUAUCAGACAGCACCUGAUGUCUGGAUCAUAGAUCUGUCAGAGAGAAAGGCCUCCAUCCUCCUGGAAGUGUUGAAGCUCCAGACAGUGAAGAAACCAGUAGAGCUGAAAGGAUGGAGAGAUGAAGAGAGUGAAAUGAUGAGUUUCCUUCAGUGUCUGCCCUACAUCUCACAACUGAGCUUUGUAAAUGGGAAUAUCAAUGAACAAACCAAAUUUCUUCUAAAACUCUUCAUUAAAGCAGCAGAGACCGAGAGGCUGACCGGAGAUCAGAUGCUGAAACUGUUGACACCGGUCUGGAGCCACAACGGUUGUCUUAAUGACAAUAACGACAACAUUGAAUUGUGUGAUUUCCUGUUGGAUCUCUACUCGCAUGCAAAGAAUUAUGAGAAUCAAACAGGCAAUCGUGUUCUUCCAGGAUUACAUCAACUUUACCACUUAGUUCCUACAGUCUGGUUUAUAGAUCUCUCAAAGAGAAAGACCUCCAUCCUCCUGGAAGUGUUGAAGCUCCAGACAGAGAAGAAACCAGUAGAGCUGAUAGACUGGUCAGAUGAAGAGAGUGAAGUGAUGAGUUUCCUUCAGUGUCUGCCCUACAUCUCACAACUGAGAGUCACUGCUUAUUAUACUGCUGUUGAAUCCAGGAUUCUGUCAAAACUCUUCAUCAAAGCGGCAGAGAGUCAGACACACACAGGAGAUCAGAUGCUGGAGCUGUUGACAUCAGUCUGCACAUACACAUCUUUCCCUUUUAAAAAUAUUGACAACACCAGACAGAGUGUCUUUCUAUUGGAUAUUUACUCACAUGUGAAGGACUAUGAGACUCAAACAGGCAGGAGUUUACUUCCAGCAUUACAGUCAGUUUAUCAGACAGCACCUGAUGUCUGGAUCAUAGAUCUCUCAAAGAGAAAGACCUCCAUCCUCCUGGAAGUGUUGAAGCUCCAGACAGAGAAGAAACCAGUAGAGCUGAGAGGAUGGACAGAUGAAGAGAGUGAAGUGAUGAGUUUCCUUCAGUGUCUGCCCUACAUCUCACAACUGAGAUUUGACCUGUGGAAUAGUAGUCAUACAGUUCAGUGUGUUUCAGAACUCUUUACUAAAGCAGCAGAAACUGAGACACAAACAGGAGAUCAGAUGCUGAAACUGUUGACAUCAGUCUGCACAUACACAACUUUCCCUUAUGAAGAUAUGAACAGCUCUAGAAAGAGUGAUUUUCUGCUGGAUCUUUACUCACAUGUGAAGGACUAUGAGACUCAAUCAGGCAGGAGUUUUCUUCCAGCAUUACAGUCAGUUUAUCAGACAGCACCUGAUGUCUGGAUCAUAGAUCUCUCACAGAGAAAGACCUCCAUCCUCCUGGAAGUGUUGAAGCUCCAAACAGAGAAGAAACCAGUAGUGCUGAGAGGAUGGACAGAUGAAGAGAGUGAAGUGAUGAGUUUCCUUCACUGUCUGCCCUACAUCUCACAACUGAGAUUUGACCUGUGGAAUCGUAGUCAUACAUUUCAGUGUGUUUUGAAACUCUUCAUUAAAGCAGCAGAAACUGAGACGCAAACAGGAGAUCAGAUGCUAAAACUGCUGACAUCAGUCUGCACAUACAGAAAUUUUCCUUUUGAAUGUAUGAACAUUGUUGAACAGAGUGAUUUUCUGCUGGAUAUUUACUCACAUGUGAAGGACUAUGAGACUCAAACAGGCAGGAGUUUACUUCCAGCAUUACAGUCAGUUUAUCAGACAGCACCUGAUGUCUGGAUCAUAGAUCUCUCAAAGAGAAAGACCUCCAUCCUCCUGGAAGUGUUGAAGCUCCAGACAGAGAAGAAACCAGUAGAGCUGAGAGGAUGGACAGAUGAAGAGAGUGAAGUGAUGAGUUUCCUUCAGUGUCUGCCCUACAUCUCACAACUGAGAUUUGACCUGUGGAAUAGUAGUCAUACAGUUCAGUGUGUUUCAGAACUCUUUACUAAAGCAGCAGAAACUGAGACACAAACAGGAGAUCAGAUGCUGAAACUGUUGACAUCAGUCUGCACAUACACAACUUUCCCUUAUGAAGAUAUGAACAGCUCUAGAAAGAGUGAUUUUCUGCUGGAUCUUUACUCACAUGUGAAGGACUAUGAGACUCAAUCAGGCAGGAGUUUUCUUCCAGCAUUACAGUCAGUUUAUCAGACAGCACCUGAUGUCUGGAUCAUAGAUCUCUCACAGAGAAAGACCUCCAUCCUCCUGGAAGUGUUGAAGCUCCAAACAGAGAAGAAACCAGUAGUGCUGAGAGGAUGGACAGAUGAAGAGAGUGAAGUGAUGAGUUUCCUUCACUGUCUGCCCUACAUCUCACAACUGAGAUUUGACCUGUGGAAUCGUAGUCAUACAUUUCAGUGUGUUUUGAAACUCUUCAUUAAAGCAGCAGAAACUGAGACGCAAACAGGAGAUCAGAUGAUAAAACUGCUGACAUCAGUCUGCACAUACAGAAAUUUUCCUUUUGAAUGUAUGAACAUUGUUGAACAGAGUGAUUUUCUGCUGGAUCUUUACUCACAUGUGAAGGACUAUGAGACUCAAACAGGCAGGAGUUUACUUCCAGCAUUACAGUCAGUUUAUCAGACAGCACCUGAUGUCUGGAUCAUAGAUCUCUCAGAGAGAAACACCUACAUCCUCCUGGAAGUGUUGAAGCUCCAGACAGAGAAGAAACCAGUAGAGCUGAGAGGAUGGAGAGAUGAAGAGAGUGAAGUGAUGAGUUUCCUUCAGUGUCUGCCCUACAUCUCACAACUGAGGUCAGGAUUGUUCACUAUAGUAAAUGUGUUUGACUGGAAUGCUUAUCUUUAUGCUUAUUUAGCUUAUAUAAAUGUCAAGUUUACAAAAAUAAUUUGAGACAGUUGGCUAUUAAUUUCUGAAAAGAUGUUCUUCACAAGCCAAUACCUUCUGUUACAUCCAAAUACGUUCAGGUAAAUUACUUCUCAAACAUUUGCAAACACAACCUCAUAUGAAAAAGAAAAAAACAAUGCUGUUUUUUGCAUAUAAGCUUCAGUAUUAUGUGUUCAUUGAUGAUGUUUAGUUAAUGUCAUCAACAUUAAGACAUCAAUUUGUCCAUUUAAAUGGGGAAUCAUCAAAUCUAACGCAAGUAAAUUAUGGAUUACCUCAGGGAUCGGUUUUAGGACCCUUUCUAUUCUCCAUAUACAUGCUGCCCCUUGGAAACAUUAUUAGAAAACAUGGAAUUAGCUUCCACUGUUAUGCAGAUGAUACUCAGCUAUAUAUCUCAUCAAGACCAGAUGAUUCCUUCCAACUAUCCAAAUUGGCAGAGUGCAUCGACGAUAUAAAGCAUUGGAUGACUUGUAAUUUCCUUCUUUUAAAUUCUAAUAAAACAGAAAUAUUACUUAUCGGACCAAAGACACGUGAGCAGAAUAUUUCGGAUUAUAACCUCCAAAUUGAAGGCUGCACUGUUACCUCAACAAAUACAGUUAAAGACCUCGGCGUUAUAUUAAACAGCAACCUGUCAUUUAAAAAUCACAUCUCAAAUGUCACAAAAACAGCCUUCUUCCACCUUAGAAAUGUUGCCAAAUUACGAAAUAUUUUAUGUGUUGCUGACGCAGAGAAGCUUAUUCAUGCAUUUGUGGCCUCAAGACUUGACUACUGUAAUGCACUACUUAGUGGUUGUCCUGCAUCAUCAAUAAACAAACUACAGUUAGUUCAGAAUGCAGCUGCCAGAGUUCUAACCAGGUCCAGAAAAUACGAUCACAUAACCCCAAUGUUAUCAACCCUUCACUGG